ACUUCUUGCGGACUAUCACUUGAAAAAAUGUAUUGACGGUUAUCCUCGUGUUCACUGGACAUUUCAAGACUUUGGAUUGACUGCGACUUGAAGGAGGAAAGUUAGACUUUUGAAAGUUUGCAGACCGAGAUUUGAAUAUGUCCCUCCUGAGUUAGAAAAACUCAAUUUAUAUUGUUUUCAACAUUGUGCGUCUUUGAUCGCACGGUGCGCCACUGAUAACUUUUACGCGCGUGGGAAUUGCACAGGGCUUGCAGCGAUGUUGCUCGACGCAGGCCACCAGCUCUCCGGUCUGGGAGUCGGCUCGUUCGCCAGACAUCACGAAAGCCAGGAGCGAGACCUCAGCUUCAUGGAGUCUGCAGCGCACAUGGGCGCGUUCAAGCUGAGCCACGACCUUCCACCCAGCCAAAGCGCAGCGUUCGCCUCCCAAACCCCUGGAUACUCGGCAGCCGCCCUGGCGCACGCCGCCUCCUACGCCAACUCAUCCUUUAGCUCCACGCGUGACUUCAUUCUGCGCAGCCGAGGCUUUGGUGACUCUAGCCCGAGCAGCGGCCAGCAGCACCCCAUCUUCAACCCCGCCGCUGGCUCUCUCCAUCACUCUCACGCAGACAACCAGGGUCAUUUGCUCUUCCCCGGCAUCCACGACCAGCACGGAGCGCACCACGGCUCGGCCAACAUGCUGAACGGUCGCCUGGGGCUGGGGGAAGUGUUCAGCCGAGCUGACCAGUACCACCAGGUGCCCAACGCCCGGGCCGACCACUACAAUCAGUACAGCUCAAUGGGACUAAACAUGAGCAUGAACAUGGCACCGCAUCAUCACCCGGGGGCAUUCAUUCGUUACAUGCGACAGGGCAUCAAGCAGGAACUGGUGUGCAAGUGGAUUGACCCGGACAAGCACUUGGACCGCAAGAAGGCGUGCGGCCUGACGUUCAGCACCAUGCACGAGCUGGUUACGCACGUCACCGUGGAGCACGUCGGCGGCCCGGAGCAGUGUAACCACGUGUGCUACUGGGACGACUGUCCGCGGGAAAGCAAGCCUUUCAAGGCCAAAUACAAACUGGUGAACCACAUCCGCGUGCACACGGGGGAAAAACCGUUCCCGUGCCCCUUCCCGGGCUGUGGCAAAGUCUUCGCGCGUUCGGAAAACCUGAAGAUCCACAAACGCACGCAUACAGGAGAGAAGCCGUUCCUGUGUGAGUUCGAUGGCUGUGACCGCCGAUUCGCCAACAGCAGUGACCGCAAGAAGCACAUGCACGUUCACACGUCUGACAAGCCAUAUCUGUGCAAACUGUGCGACAAGUCCUACACUCACCCCAGCUCUCUACGGAAACAUAUGAAGGUCCACGAGUCUUCAUCCUCGGCACCAGACGCCUCCCCGACGGAGAGCUCGGGUUACGACUCCUCCACGCCUUCCAGCUUGGUGUCACCAUCCUCCGAGACGCACGGCAACAUGUCGCCAGAUUCCGUUAUUCUCAGCGGCCACGGCGGCAUACCGUCCAAUUUCAGCGAGUGGUACGUGCCGCUGUAAAGAGGCCGCUCGUCUUUCUUCGCUGACCUACCCACGGACUCAUAAUAUGGACCAAAUAGAGGACUGAGGCUUCUGAGUCGUUUGUUUUGAACACUGUUAUAAAAGACUGCAAAGUUUGUGCAGUUGAAUCUCAGGAGGACUCCCAACCAAACCUGCGUCUUCAUUUCUGUGUAUAGCUGAUGUCAUGCAUGGACACACUUGAUGGAUUGUAUGAUCUGACCAAAGUUAAAGAGUUUUAUCUUGUGAAUGUAUAUUUUGUAAUACUGUUCAGUCGCAGGGGGUGCCUUGAUAAUGCAAUGACCUAAG